AUGCAAGAGAAUGAGGACAACAUCGAACGGUUUGCGCCGCAAAGCGACAAGGCAGAGAACGCGUUCAUUCCCUCGAACAGGGUGUGGGUCUUCCGUCGCGGAAUCGGCCUGGACAAGACUGAGGACUAUUUCAUGUUCGAGAAAAUCGACCACCUGCUCAUCAUUUUCUUCACGUGGCUUUCUAAUCGAUUCCCUUCGCUCCUUCGCAUUUUCCCAUUCCUGGGCAAGGUCAAGUCGGUCCAAGAAGUGGAGACAAAGCGACAGGCCAAGAAGCACAACAGGAGGGAGAGCGCAGGGCUCAGCGCGGAUUCUGUGGGUCUACGCACUCUGGACAAAGGCACCCAACCGGAGGACGAGGACAGCAAUGUCAUCACUCGACGGACCCUGUUCGCCGACGUGCGCAAGCACGGCCUCGGCUCGCUCUUUCGCAAGAGCACCAUCGUGGAACCGACGUACAAGGAGAUGGUGGUGAUGUACAAGAGAGACCCCAAGAAGUCGGUCGCCGCGCUGGAUCCCACCCACGCCAGCGCCAUCAACGAUCGCGGAAUCUUCCUUCGCACCUACCGCAACAUUCCCAUGUCCGAUCUGGAGCUCAUUUUCCCGGAGAAGAAGCUGGGUGUGAGACCCAUGGACUUUGUUUACCUGGCCGCCACGGGCGCGAUCGGCAUUGCCACGCUCAUCAUCCAUUUCUCCGACGAGAUAAGCUCGUGGUUUGGCCUUGCGGCUCUGCUCAGCUUUGUCACCCUCGCCGUGCGCACCUUCAUCACUUAUCGCUACAGCAUCAUUUACUACCAGCGGUUCAUGCUCGGAUUUCUCAAUGACAAGGCAAUGUCUAGCGACAGGGACGUCCUGUUGUACUUGAUAGACAAGCUCAAGCUGCAGGAACUCAAAGAGAGCGCGGUCCUGUAUUUCUUCCUGUGGACCUACGGCAAGCAGACGCCCAGCCUGGCGCACAAGGUCUGCGAGGAGUUCAUGAUGGACAUCCAGAGGCUCGAGAAGCACCCUACGCACGUCCGGUUCGCCGUACACGACGCGCUGGCUCGUCUCCUCUCCCUUGGCAUGGCCAAGCGCGCCGACGGACGCGAGAGCAAGAACAUCGACGACGAGGCCGAGUACGUGGCGACGCCGUUGGACGAGAUGCCCACCGUGCUGGGCGAGCACUGGGCUCACAUUUUUGCCACUACCCACCUGCCCAGCGACGCCGCCAUUCCGCUUCAGUCGUUCUCGGCGCUGCCGGCGGUGUCGCCGGCCUCAGUCUGGCUGUCGCUCGGCCGCAGGGUCACCUGGAUGGCGAAGAGCGGGUACGCGCUGAUGCUGGCCGCGACGGUGACGAUGUGA